AUGCACUCUCGCUCCCUGGUCUCUGGUCUUCCCAGGUCUUUGCCUGCCCUCCCUCCCUCGCCUGCGCCGCCCUACAUUCCUUGCGUCGAGGGGCGGCAGCGCGCCGCUCCUCACUCCUCCUCGUUCCCUCCCACAGAGGCUCCCCUGCAGACUCUCCACCUGGACGUGUGGGGCCCAGCCCGCGUCCGUGGACAGGGCCACGAGCGGUACUUCCUGCUGGUCGUCAACGACUACACGCGUUACACCACGGUCUUCCCCUUGCGCACCAAGGGUGAGGUCCCUGAUGUUUUGAUCCCUUGGAUCCGCGCUGUUCGUCUCCAGCUCCACGAGCGGUUCGAGCGGGACUUUCCUGUCCUGCGUCUGCACUCUGACAGAGGUGGUGAGUUCACCUCAGACCUCUUGGCAGCCUACUGUGCGGAGCACGGCAUCCGCCAGUCGUUCACGCUUCCGGCCUCUCCGCAGCAGAAUGGGGUUGCUGAGCGCCGCAUUGGCUUAGUCAUGGAGGUCGCUCGUACCUCCAUGAUCCAUGCGGCCGCCCCCCAUUUUCUGUGGCCGUUUGCGGUCCGGUACGCCGCGCAUCAGCUCAACCUCUGGCCCCGUGUCUCCUUGCCGGAGACCUCGCCCACACUGCUGUGGACGGGGGAGGUUGGCGAUGCGUCGCGUUUCCGGGUCUGGGGUGCUCGUGCCUUUGUCCGUGAUACCACCGCGGACAAGCUCUCCGCCCGCGCUGUUCCCUGUGUCUUCCUUGGCUUUGUCCCUGACGCGUCUGGUUGGCAGUUUUACCACCCCACCUCGCGCCGUGUCUUUGCGUCUCAGGACGUCACGUUCGACGAGUCGGUUCCCUUUUACCGUCUCUUCCCCUACCGCACUGCCCCUCCCCCCCCCCCCCCCCCGCCCCGCCGCUCUUCCUCGCUCCAGGUAGACCCUCCUCCCUUGACUGCGCCGGUUGAGGUCACUGGUGACUCAGGUCCUGCUGAGGGUGGUCCUGCUCGGGGUGUUCCUUCUGGGGGUGCUGAGCCUGGGGGUGCGGAGCCUGGGGGUGCUGAGCCUGGGGGUGCUGAGCCUGGGGGUGCGGAGCUUGAGGGUGUGGAGCCUGGAGCUGCUGGAGGUCCUGGUGCUGGUGGCGCUGGAGCUGGUGGUUCUGGGGCUGCUGAGGGUGCGGGCGCUGGAGGUUCUGGAGCUGCUGGAGGUCCUGGUGCUGGUGGCGCUGGAGCUGGGGGUUCUGGACCUGCUGAUGGUACUGGCACUGGAGGUUCUAGAGCUGAUGAGGGUGCUGGCGCUGAGGGUUCUGAGUCUGCUGUUGCGCGGUCUCCUUGGAGUGGCCGCCUUCGUCCGCGUGUGCCUCUCACCUCCCAGCAGCUGCACGACUGGUACGGUCGCCGUCAGGGUCGCGCUUCUGGAGCUCGGGGCUCUCCUACUGGAGGUCCUUCUGGUGACGUCACUGGAGCUGGGAGUGGUGCUGGUCUCGGAGGUGCUCGUACUGGGGGUACUGGAGCUACUGGGGCUGGAGGUGCUGAGCCUGCGGGUGCUGCUGCUGGGGACACUGCGGCUGGAGACCCUGGGACUGGGGGUGCCGGUUCUGGGGGUGCUGCUGCUGGUGGAGCUGGCCCUGGAGGAGCUGGCGCUGAGGGUUCUGGUGCUGCUGGAGGUGCUGGAGCUACUGGAGGUGCUGGAGCUGCUGGUGCUGGUGGCACUGCACCGACUCGACUUUUCUUCGCUCCGCCGUCUCCGUCGUCUCAGCCACCGUCUGGCUCUGCCCUUCGCCAGACUGGGGGUCUUGCUGAGCGUCGUGAGCCUGCGUCGCGUCCUGUCUCGCCUGUUCGUCCUUGUCGUACCGUUCGUCGUGUUCCUCGUCAGCGUCAGCCGGCUGUCCCCGGCACACGCCUUGUAGCCCUGCGUCGGUCCUCUCCUCCGGAGCGUACUCCUCUUCCGUCUCCUCCUGCGUCCUCUUUGCCUGACGUCGUGGAUCCUGAGUCUGACUGGUUUCGUGCUGAGCACCCUACUGUCACGCGUCUGCUAGCCACUGUUGUCACUGACCCAUCGUUUGAGUCUACUGCUGCGUCUGCCCUGGUCGCUGAGCUUGUUGACUUUGCUGCUGCCUGUCGUCUAGACUUCGCUGCCAGUCUUGUUGCUGAGUCUGAGUCUGUCUGUCCUCCGUCCGUCGGGGGUGAGUGUGCUCUUAGCACGGACGUCCUUGAGGACAGGCACGAGGACCUUGAGUGUCUUGCGGCUGCUGCGCCUCAUCUCGUGGCCAUGCUGCUUGCCCCUGAGGGAGACCCGGAUGCACCAGACGUCACGACCCCGCGCUCUUACGUAUACUCUCAGUGGCAGACAGCCAUGGACGCAGAGAUGGCAUCCUGGAAGUCCACAGGCACUUACGUCGAUGAGGUUCCCCCUCCUGGGGCGAACAUUGUCGAUGGCAUGUGGAUUUUCAGGGUGAAGCGGCCGCCGGGUUCUCCGCCUGUCUUCAAGGCUCGUUACGUUGCUAGAGGCUUCAGUCAGCGAAAGGGAGUUGACUUCUUCCAGACCUUCUCCCCCACCCCGAAGAUGACCACUCUUCGGGUGCUGCUGCACGUUGCCGCUCAGCGUGACUACGAGCUUCACUCUCUUGACUUCAACACAGCCUUCUUACAGGGCAGCCUGCACGAGGAGAUCUGGCUGCGCCGCCCACCUGGCUUCACUGGGUCGUUCCUUCCUGGUACCCAGUGGAGCCUCCGGCGGCCAGUCUACGGUCUCCGCUAG